CCCUUCUUGCGGGGCCACCGCGACCCCGCAGGGGACGCCCAAGCCAAGGUCCCCCCUCCCCGCGCCUUGGUUCCGCCCGCGUGUCACGUGACCGCAGCGCCUACUUGAGCAGCGGAGCCGCCGCGUCCCGUCGCCGAGUCCCCUCGCCAGGUGCCCUCCGUCGCCGCCAAGAUGAUGUGCGGGGCGCCCUCCGCCGUGCAGCCGGCCACCGCCGAGACCCAGGACAUCGCCGACCAGGUGAGGUCCCAGCUUGAAGAGAAAGAAAACAAGAAGUUCCCUGUAUUUAAGGCCGUGUCGUUCAAGAGCCAGGUGGUCGCGGGGACAAACUACUUCAUCAAGGUGCACGUUGGCGACGAGGACUUCGUACACCUGCGAGUGUUCAAAUCUCUCCCUCACGUAAACAAGCCCUUGACCUUGUCUAACUACCAGACCAACAAAGCCAAGCACGACGAGCUGAGCUAUUUCUGAUCCUGACUUGGGACAGGACCCUUCAGCCAGAAGACUGAUAAUUAAAGUGAUCCUCCGUGGACCAGAGCAUGCACUUGUGAUCCUAAAAUAAGCUUCAUUUUCGGGCUGUGCCCUCGGGGUGGAAGGGGUGGGAUUCAGCAGCUGCUCUUGCAUUUCUCUUCCUAAAUUUCACUGUGUUGAUUUCUUUCCUUCCCAAUCAGUGAUCUUAAUUACUUUCAAAAUAUUUUCAAAAUAGAUAUAUUUUUAAAAUCCUUACAGAUUGCCUCCUUUGUUUUGGAUUUUUUUCUUCGUCUGAACCACGCUGGGCAGGUCCUUCCCCUCGGGGGCAUGGAGGCCAGGGAGAUUGCCCGGCUCACACAGCAAGCGGGUGGUGGACCCAGGAUUCACACCUUGCGGCUCCGGCCUGCGUUCCUAACCACCAUCUUUGCAUGUUGUUGCUUUGACUCUAGGUCCUGGCCCCAAGCCUCAGUUUCUCCCAUAAAAUAAAGAGUGUGAGUAAAUCCAA